AUGGUUGUUACUCCAGCUGUUCCUGGGACAGGGCCAAUUAAACGGCCUUCUUCCGCUUUGCAUGAUGAUUAUACCGGCUGGGAAACUGUUCCGCCCGCUGGUGCUACCUUCCGCCCUUCCUUCAAUAUCCCUUUCGCUCAUUACGCCUUGAUCUACCUCGAUAACCUGGGAAGGCUCGAGGUCAAUGAGUCCCCAUCUAUUCGUGAACAUAAUAGUACUCUAUUUACCCCAGAAGUACGAGAGAAGUUUUUGGAGGUUCUUGGAACAAAGAUUGGUUAUCAUAAGCCGAUGUUACGGAGGGGCCCAACCGUUGGUGUGUCUGCCUAUGGAUAUGGCCGCCCUGAUGGACCGCGUCACCCCAAGAGACGUAGGGCAUCCCCUCAGGAGCCUGGGGCGAAUGUGGACUUCUCUGAUGCAGGUGACGAGCUACCACCACCGCCUCCAUCACUACCCUCGCAAAACAUGGUAGCAUUAGAGAUUGGCAACAACGACAAAGUCCAGGAAUACUACGAGAAUGCUUUGAAGCACUUUCAACAGAUCAAUUGUCGCCAAAUUGCGAAGGCUUUCAUCAAGUUUAUUGAGCCCCGAAAGCAAGUAAAGCACCCAUACAACGGAGGGAAGCCUAGAGGUCGAGGUGCUAAGGGGGAGAAAGGCGACCCGGAAAAGACGAAGCCUGAAUGGUGGCCUAAGGACGUCAUACACAGGGAGCCAGAUCAUCUGCGGAAAAAUGAGAGAGUAAGGCUCUUGAUUCAUAUUAUGCGCAAGCUCAGCAACAUUGGAAUCACCCCCCUAAAGCUACGAGAAGUCGCCUACGAUUCUAAGAGGCAGUUGAAAGAGACAAGAAAGAUUGAGAUACUUGACGAAAUUUUGAGAGUACGACGGAUGGAGGAACGAUACGAAAGGGGCGAAAUCGUUGUUUAUGUUAUCAAUAGAGAUGCCACUCCCAAGCAGGGAAGGGGGGUGGUUCCAUCAAAGGAGAGGUGUCAGAGUUCAGUGACAGAUGAAUCAGACGAAGAAGAGGAUGUCCCGACACCGUCGUCCUCGACUGAGGAACUAUCCGGGUCAUUCACAUCUGCCAUGGACAUGAAUGUGAAUGGACAAGGCCCGUUGCAGAUGGGAGGCGAAAGGAGACCACUUUUCCCACUGCUCGAGCCCAUGAGCCUGGCAGAACAAACUCGACCUGAACACUCCUUCUAUUCCAGCUCGUCCGAUUACACGAAUGGCUAUGGCCCACAGAGUAUUCAGGCGCCUGUGUCAUCAGCAAUGGUUAGCCCGCACGAGCAACCACAGGCAUUCGACUAUCUGACGCAGGCGUCAUUCUCUACUUCUGCACCAGGAGACCAGGUGGUUUCCCAAAGCCCGGCCGCAAUUCCCAUGCAGCACUCCAUAAGCCAAUUCGAUACAUGGACGCCCUCCCUGCGAUCCAACAUUUUUAACCCUACUGACUAUGGCAAUGCAGCAAGCCAAACGGCCCCUCCGACUCAUCUGACCUACCAAAUGCCAAUGCCUCACGCGCAGGACUUGGCUCACGGCCUGUCUAGCAUGGAUCCUUUGAACCCCAGAAGCCCCUUUCGUACAGGUUCUUUAGGUCACCCGCACACGCUGCCAUCUCACCAAUCCACCUCCGCAUAA